AUGAGCGCGUUGACGCACGCGUUGGACGAUCAUCUCAACCACCAAAGACGAAACAACACGAAUGGUGGUGGUGAGAGCACUGCUCGUAAAAAUGGUCGAAAUUCGAGCGAUUCCACGUCCACGUCGUCGCCGGAGUUUUCACCGGAAGUGACCCUUCGAGAUGGAAACAAAACGCACGGAUCCGGAUCCGCAAUCGCUUUGUUACGAGCAACCGUCUGGGAAGAGGCACAAAAAAGAGGCGAAAAUUUCGGCGGUCGAAGCGAGGACGACGAGGAGGAGGAGGGUGGACAAAGACGAGGAAGAGGAGGAGGGCCGAUGAUUGAUGCGAAAACGCGCGCUAUUUUGGAGACGGAAAACGCGGAGCAAAUGUUCGUUGGGAGGAGAUCGAUGGAGAUUGAACAAGUCGCGAGUUUCGGGAACAUUCAAAUAGCGCCGGCGGUGUCCGGGCCGCAAACGCAAGCGUUUAGCGGGAUCAGUUCGAGACCAAGGGAAGUGCCUCGCGUGAGACGAGUGACGGUGUACGACGACAUGAACGAGGAUAGUAACGAUGCGAGCAGUCCUGGGAGGAAGCGGAGAGGCGCGUCGACGAGUUACUUGGCGAUCGAGGCGGAUUUGUUGAGCAGAAGCGACGAGAACGUCGGGAUGUUUUGUUCUUCCCCGAAUAGGAAGAAUUUUACCUCUGCGCCAUUCGCGGCUGUUUUUGCCGCAGGGAGAACGAGUACGGGAGUAGGGUCACCUUUAGGUCAACCGUCAUCACCAAAAUCGACGUCGAAAGGGUUUUAUUCUGCACCUUUUGCGACGGUAUAUGGAUCGCCGAACGCACCCUCCAGUCCUGCGAGCAAAAUGAACUCUUCGUUACAUUUUUAA